AUGUAUAGCGUACUGCCUAUCGCCCUGACCUGCUGGUCGCUGCUGGCGCCGGCGAUGGCCUCCCCUCUUUCGGACCUGCUCGUACCUUGGGGCCGACGCGAUAUUCAGCCUUCGCCGCGGCCGAUAAGGACGAGGUCGAUGAUCAAGCGCGAUGCUGAUACGACCUUCAGCUUUGAACACGACUUUUCGGGUGUGACUUUGUUCUCAGGUUCUUGGGCCGCUACCAGGGGUGUUGAUAUUUCGCUGGACUUAUCUUGCAGCGACUGUACCACAUACGGUAACAUCAGAGCGUCCGCCGAGUUCCCAGAUGAUCUUGGUGAUUUCUUUCAUGACAUCAAAGACUUCAACCCCCUUAACGACGCCAGCUUGACGAUCGGCUUCGAGGGAGUCGGUGCUACAAUCGGUAUCAGACUGGCCGUUGACGGUGAUGGCCAGUUCACCAUUCCUCUAUUUAAGUCUGAAACCCCGCUGGGCAUCCAGGGUCCUGGGUUCCAAGUUGGUGUUACUUUCAACGUAGACCUCAUCGUUGGCGUGACAGCUGAGAUCGCAACCGAUACUGGUUUCGAAGUUACUAUCCCUGAUGGAUCUUCUUACAAGAUACCGCUAGACCCUAGCAUCCCCAACACUGCUAACUUCGCUGGCGCCCAAACGACUCUUCUCCCCUUAACCGUCGAUGCGCCUGCUGAGAUCACCGUGGCGCUCCGUCUACGUGUCGAAGCUGGUGUGGAGCUACCCGGAAGCAAGCUAUUCGAUGCAGACGCCGUUGUUGGCGCGUUCCUCUACAUCCCCGAGGUCACUCUUUCGGAACAAUUCUCGCAAGAAUUUGAUCGUAACGGUAGCAUCACCGAGGCUGGUGAAUGUCUCCUUCCCGCUUCCGCGGAUAUCAACAUCAAUGCGGGCGUAUUUGUCGACAUCGGCGCGGAUAUUGCUAACAACCCCAUCGUUGACUUCAACCCUACGCUCAGUACUACAGUCUUCACCGCCUCGACCAGCACUUGCUUUUUGACUGCUACCGGCCGGCCCGAGGCCGACCCUACACCUGCGCUGGGUACCGGCACCGGCGCACUCACCAAGAGCACCAUGCGCACCCGAACCGGAGUGUCGAGCAAGACGAAAGCCCCGGCCAAACCCACCGUCACCAAAAGACCACUCGUUACUGGCACUGGCUCAUCUUCUCUCGCUCCUCCCGAGGCGACGCCUCCUGCUUCCGGCCUGGUUUGUCCUGUACCUUUGGUUACCGAGGUGCACACCACGACAGGGAAGUACACCAUCACCGAGUGUGCCGCCCAAGUCAUGAACUGCCCUGCCAGUCUGACCCAGAUCGUCGUCGUCGACGACACCGCUACCCUAACCACGACGCACUGCCCGCUGUCCACCGGCGCUCCUUACGCCAACGCUACCACUCCUCUUCCGCGCGGCAACCCCAUCCCGCUGAGCAGCCUGACGGACCCGGUCAUCAAUACCCUGUCCGUCGACCCCCUGGUUGUUGUGCCCACCGCGACCAGUAUUCAAGCCCACCCUCGCGCCAAGAAGACCCCCGAGCCGGAAGCAGACCCGGCACCGGCGCCGGAGCCAGAGCCAAACCCGACUCCGCAUCCGACUCCCGCUCCCACCAAGCCCGCCGAGCCUGCUCCUACCGAACCCGCGGAUCUGGACGAGGACGACGAGGACGAGGAUGACUUCGACGACGAGGAUGGCGAGGACGAUUCUGCUCCUCCCGCGAACGUGAACAAUGCCGCCCAGCCCUCUGUCAUCUACAAGACCGAGACCCAGAUCGUAACUACGACCCGAUGCCCCCUCUCGCACACGAAGCGCGCAGCGCCGUCGCUGCGACGCCGCCGUCACGUCUACUAG